ACUACAUACGAAGAAACAAACGGGGCAGACAAAGUUUUCAGUUAUCUCAUUACGAAAUGUCCAUGUGUAGCUAACUCAACUACAUGUCAUAAAGUUUGACGUCAGUCGACGCUUGUUAAUAUUGUAUUAUGUUAUCUGAUGCUAAAUUUAACUUGGUGUUCUACAUUUUCUAACAGUCCCACUUUAAGCCUGGCAUUUGCAAACCCAUUAUGUCAAACUUUGUGGCUUCAUGGGAAAUACCCUCCAGUGAUGGUGUGCACAUGGUCCAGUUUGAACACGGAACAACCUCAGGGAAGCGAGUAAUUUGUGUAGAUGGAAAGGAAAUUUAUAAAGUUGACUGGAUGUUCAAGCUUGUCGGUGAUGAAUAUUUCACAGUUGGCAGUGCAAAAUGUCAGUUAAUUAUAAACUCUCGUAUGCCUUUCAUAUAUGAAUAUAGUCUGAAAGUAAAUGGGAAAAGUUUGAAGAAGUUCCGGGAGCAACAGAGCAAGAUUUUGAAAUCGUGGACUACUAACUUAAAUGGAACAAAUGUGCGAAUUAUUCUGGAAAAAAAUACCCUUGAUGUGUGGGUGAAUGGUAAAGUAAUAAAAACCGAGAAUGAAUUUUCUGAAGAUGGUUCCAAGACUCACUUUCAGAUUCUGUCUCAUGAUGCCUGCAUUAAAACUACUAGUAGUGGAAAAAGAAAAGUUGGACUAUUCCAGAAACUGUAUAUUGACAAUAAUGAAAUCCCAGAAGCUACAGAAUGAAUGUCAGUUUUACCAAAAUAACUUGCUUCUUUUUUGUUCUUGACAUUUUCUUUGCUCUGAUCUUUAUAUCAUUAAAUUUCCCCUUUUUUUUUCAUGAGUCAACAAAAAGCAAUAAUAAUAUAUAAAAAAUUGUAAUGACCCCUCCCCCUUCCCCAAUACAUGACACUAUAUUUAUUUAAAUGAAGGUCUCUUGUAGGGUUUGUAAAAUGCUGUAGUAGUAUGUGUAGUGUUAUAAGAUUACAAAAAAAAAUGCUAUUAAUAAUUAGAUAAACUGUAAUUGAAAAUAUAUACCAAUAGUCAAAGUACUUCGUCUUGUAGGCAGAUACUUGCACUCCAAAGUUAUCAUCACUUUAUUUUUGAAUGUACCAUAUUAUGACGCACAACAGUCAAUGUAUUUUUCGUGCUGGGGUGUCGUUAUAAACAUUAAUUCAUUUUUAAAUCUGCGUUAUUAAACCUACAAAAAUACAAUAAAAUAAGGCUGAUAAACCAUUAUUUAUUGUUUGAAGUUCAAUAUAUAAAAGGAAUUAUACAUGCUA